AUGGUCAGCUCCUGUUGUGGCUCUGUCUGCUCUGAGGAGGGCUGUGGCCAAGGCUGCUGCCAGCCCAGCUGCCUCCAGACCACCUGCUGCAGGACCACCUGCUGCCGCCCCAGCUGCUGUGUGUCCAGCUGCUGCAGGCCCCAGUGCUGCCAGUCUGUGUGCUGCCAGCCCACCUGCUGUCGCCCCAGCUGCUGCAGGCCCAGCUGCUGUGUCUGCCUCCAGACCACCUGCUGCAGGACCACCUGCUGCCGCCCCAGCUGCUCUGUGUCCAGCUGCUGCAGGCCCCAGUGCUGCCAGUCUGUGUGCUGCCAGCCCACCUGCUGUCGCCCCAGCUGCUGCAGACCCAGCUGCUGUGUGCCCAGCUGCUGUGUGUCCAGCUGCUGCAGGCCCCAGUGCUGCCAGUCUGUGUGCUGCCAGCCCACCUGCUGUCGCCCCAGCUGCUGCAGACCCAGCUGCUGUGUGUCCAGCUGCUGCAGGCCCAGCUGCUGUGUGUCCAGCUGCUGUCAACCUUCCUGUGGUGGUUCCAGCUGCUGUGGCUCCAGCUGCUGCCGCCCCUGCUGCCGUCCCUGCUGCCGUCCCUGCUGCUGCCUGCGUCCAGUCUGUGGCCAGGUCUGCUGCCAGAGCACCUGCUACCGCCCCACCUGUGUCAUCUCCACCUGCCCCCGCCCCAUGUGCUGUGCCAUCCCUUGCUGCUGA